AGAGAGAGAGAGAGAGAGAGAGAGAGAGAGUGGGCCUUCACGACUCGGGAAGAGGAGGGGAGGCUUCCAUGGCUUAGUGAAGAAAAUUUCAGAUCUGGAAAAUUUUCAGAAAAAGAAAAGAGAAAGGAGAAGGAGAAGGUGACAUGACCAAAGAGUGAAGUACACAAGAGAGAGUUCUUCCCAGUUUUCUCUGGGCAUUGAGAGACUAGAGGGACGAGCAGGUGAACCCAGAUAAUAACAGAGGAAAAAGAUGGCUUCGUGCAUGGGUUGUUUAUUUGGAUGCGUAUUUAUCUUGGCAGCUCUGCUUCAGGCGAGUCUAGGAUCGAUUGUACCUCCUUCUAACUUCUCACAUAAUAUUUGGACUGCCAACGGAACGUUCAAGAUCGGCAAUUGGACCGUCCAUGUUGUCGGAAACAGUCUAGGAUGGACUGUUCCUCCUUCUAACUUCUCAUAUGAUGCUUGGGCUGCCAACCAAACCUUCAUGGUCGGCGAUAAGCUAUUGUUCAACUUCACAAAUGGUACACAAGACGUGGGUGAGUUCUCAAAGGCAGAUUAUGAAUCUUGCAACGUCAGUGUUUCGAACUCCAUCGAUUCUGUCGUGACAGGAAUCGGAGCAGCAGCAUAUUACAACAUUGGAACGGCAGGAGAACGCUACUACUACACGUCCACCAUUGGCGGUCAUUGUCAAAAGAACCAGAAGCUAGCAAUCACCACUUAUGGUACUCACAGCUCUGAUGCCUCCUCUCUCGCUGUUGGCGGCUUCUCUCUUCUUCUUCUUCUUCUUCUGCUACCCACUUUCAUGGCUUUCUUUUAUUAGAAUGUUUACUACAGCAUCAUUUGUUUUCUCGAGCCUCUUCCAUGAUUUGAAUAGGUAAACCUUGUAAGGUAUUUUGGUAAUUUCCAAUCAACGUUCCUUCAGUUCCUUUGGA